AUGAUCAACAUCCGAAAAACUCACCCACUAAUAAAAAUCGUAAACAACGCACUCAUUGACCUCCCAACUCCAUCAAACAUCUCAUCAUGAUGAAACUUUGGAUCCCUCCUAGGCACUUGCUUAGCUCUACAAAUCUUAACAGGCCUAUUCCUAGCAAUACACUACACAUCCGAUACAACAAUAGCAUUCUCCUCUGUAACCCACAUUUGUCGAGACGUAAACUAUGGCUGAAUCAUCCGAUAUAUGCACGCAAACGGAGCAUCAAUAUUUUUUAUCUGCCUAUUUAUGCAUGUAGGACGAGGCUUAUAUUACGGAUCAUAUACCUUCUUAGAAACAUGAAACAUCGGAGUAAUUCUCCUAUUUACAACAAUAGCCACAGCAUUCAUAGGCUAUGUCCUACCAUGAGGACAGAUAUCAUUCUGAGGAGCAACAGUCAUCACCAACCUCCUCUCAGCAAUCCCAUAUAUUGGCACCAACUUAGUUGAAUGAAUCUGAGGGGGAUUUUCAGUAGACAAAGCCACCCUCACCCGAUUCUUCGCUUUCCACUUCAUCCUCCCAUUUAUCAUUGUAGCUCUCACCAUAAUCCACUUAAUUUUCCUCCACGAAACAGGAUCCAACAACCCCACAGGAAUUCCAUCAGACACAGACAAAAUUCCAUUUCACCCUUAUUACACCAUCAAGGACAUCCUAGGCAUCAUACUAUUAAUCCUCAUCCUCAUAUCACUAGUAUUAUUCACUCCCGACCUACUCGGAGACCCGGAUAAUUAUACUCCAGCAAAUCCACUCAAUACACCCUCCCACAUUAAGCCAGAAUGGUAUUUCCUAUUUGCAUACGCAAUCCUACGAUCAAUCCCCAAUAAACUAGGAGGAGUCCUAGCCUUAGUCCUUUCCAUCUUGAUCUUAACACUCGUACCCUUCCUCCACACAUCCAAACAACGAAGCAUAAUGUUCCGACCAAUCAGCCAAUGCAUAUUCUGACUUUUAAUAGCAGACCUAUUAACACUUACAUGAAUCGGAGGACAACCGGUUGAACACCCCUACAUCAUCAUCGGACAAUUAGCAUCCAUCAUAUAUUUCCUCAUCAUCCUGGCAAUAAUACCACUAGCCAGCACCAUCGAAAACAAUCUCCUGAAAUGAAGA